AUGUUCAACUUGGUUACGCGUGGCCAGUCGUUGGCAAACCAAACUUUGACAGCCUCAGCAAUUGCUGCCGCCCUUGUGGCUGCCCUCUCGCUUUUUCAGCUCUACUUUAUAGACCAUGCCUGGAGCAUCAACUCAACCCAGAUUUCAAACGUCAAGGCCACAGCGCUGUUGAAAAACUCGUUCGCCUACGGUGCUGUGGGUGGAAAGCCCAAGGAGAAUUCUAAAAUCCAGUUUGACUUGGAUGCUGACUUGACUCCCUUAUUCAAUUGGAAUACCAAACAGAUUUUUGUCUAUUUGACCGCAGAGUACGACGGGAAGACAGAAAGAGCGUCCAACAGGGUCACAUACUGGGACAAAAUCAUCACUUCUCGUGAGGACGCCGUUUUGCACUUGAAGAAUCAGAGAGCUAAAUAUUCUGUGUGGGACGUGGAAAGAUCUUUUAGAGGUAGAAACGCCACGCUUCGUUUGGAGUGGAACAUUCAGCCGUGGGUGGGUCCCUUGCUUUAUGGAAGCACCACGACGGAACUGACGUUCAGGUUUCCAGAAGUCAAAAAGCCUACAAAGAAAGCGUCUCCAUAG